AUGGACGUGGACGUGGACGUGGACGUGGACGUGGAGAACUUGGACGUGGACAUGGACGUGAACGUUGACCUGGACGUGGACAUGGACGUGGACGUGGACGUGGACGUGGACGUGGACGUGGACGUGGAGGUGGACGUGGACGUGGAGGUGGACGUGGAGUGGACGUGGACGUGGACGUGGACGUGGACGUGGACGUGGACGUACGUGGACGUGGACGUGGACGUGGAGGACGUGGACGUGGACGUGGACGUGGACGUGGACGUGGACGUGGACGUGGACGUGGACAUGGACGUGAACGUGGACGUGGACGUGGACGUGGACUUGGACGUGGACAUGGACGUGGACGUGGACGUGGACGUGGACGUCGACAUGGAGGUGGACGUGGACGUGGACGUGGACAUGGAGGUGGACGUGGACGUGGACGUGGACAUGGAGGUGGACAUGGACGUGGACGUGGACGUGGACAUGGACGUGGACAUGGACGUGGACGUGGACGUGGACGUGGAGUGGACGUGGAGUGGACGUGGACGUGGACAUGGACGUGGACGUGGACGUGGACGUGGACGUGGAUGUGGACGUGGACGUGGAGGACGUGGACGUGGACGUGGAGAAUUGGACGUGGACGUGGACGUGAACGUGGACGUGGACGUGGACGUGGAGGACGUGGACGUGGACGUGGACGUGGACGUGGACGUGGAUAUGGACGUGGACGUGGACGUGGACGUGGACGUGGACGUCGACGUGGACGUGGACGUGGACGUGGACGUGGACAUGGUCGUGGACGUGGACGUGGACGUGGACGUGGACGUGGACGUGGACGUGGACGUGGACGUGGAGGUGGACGUGGACGUGGAGGUGGACGUGGAGUGGACGUGGACGUGGACGUGGACGUGGAGAACUUGGACGUGGACAUGGACGUGGACGUAG